AUGGUGGUACAGGUACAGCGGUGGUUCUUUGCCGCGAGUCCUGCUCGGAUUCCACGAGAGGUUUCGCCAGCGGUAGGCGGUAUCGCGCUGACGGCAUUCGCGCUAGGCACCCUGGCUGGCUUCUGCGUAGGGCAGAUCGGCCAUGGGAUCCCUUCCAUGCCAUCCCUGCCUGUCGCGCCGGCUUUGUAUACCUACCUGCUCGCAUGGUCCCUUUUUCAUCUGCUGGAAUUUGUCGUGACAGCAUACUGGAACGAAACGCAUCUUCAAUCAGAUUCGUUCCUCUUGCAAAAUGGUGUCGAGUACAUGGCAGCACAUGCAUUUGGCGUACUGGAAUACAUUGUUGAAUGGUACAUGGUUCCAUCGUGGAAGCAGCAUACCUCCCUGUAUAUCAUAGGCCUCGCCCUCCUUCUGGUGGGCCAAGCACUACGAUCGCUAGCCAUGAUUCAUGCAUCGACCAACUUUAGCCAUGCCCUGGCAUUGACAAAACGAGAAGAUCAUGUGCUGGUAACUACAGGUGUCUACGCGUAUGCGCGGCAUCCUUCGUAUGCAGGCUUUUUCUGGUGGGCUAUCGGCACGCAAGUGCUGCUAGCCAAUCCCUUAGGCCUCCUUCUUUUCGCCUACGCAUUGACUCGCUUUUUUACUCGACGCAUUCGUGUGGAAGAACAAACCCUUCGCGCAUUUUUUGGUAGCGCUUAUACCGCGUACGCAGCGCGCGUGCCCAGCGGCGUUCCUUUGGUAGGCUAUUGUGUUGGUCUCAGCCUGCGCGCCGUCACGGCCUGUGCCUUUACACCGCAGACGACGUGGGUGUGUGGUGCGCAUUACAUUAGUAUGACGGAUUCGUCGAUCCAGGUGGUCGUGCGUGUCCGCCCUAUGAAUGCCAAGGAAGUGUCCCUGCUGGCGCCAGUGGACACAACCAAGGCAUUCCAAGGCGAUGGCGGCCUCGCGGCCUCGCCCAGCAAAACACAGACAGCCAUUGCGGCUAUGCGCACCAACUACAUCCGUAACAUUAUUGCGCCUGUGGAUGACCGUGUACUAGUGUUUGAUCCCUGUGAUCCAGAUAUGUCGCGCGGUGUCAAUAGCGCCGAUACAUCGCGGCCACGCGUGCCUUCCACGCUGCAGUUCCAUGGCAAUGGACGACGACCACGCGAUGUACGCUACGCCUUUGAUCGCGUAUUUCCUCCGCCCACGACCCAGCGCGAAGUAUAUCGUGGGACCGUUGAGCCCAUGCUGCCGGGAGUGCUCAAUGGGUUCAAUGCAAGUGUAUUUGCCUACGGCGCAACAGGAUGUGGUAAGACCCAUACUAUUAGCGGCACAGCCGAGGACCCUGGCUUGAUUUUCUUGACCAUGCAAGGACUGUAUGAGCGCAUUAAUGCCGAUAAGAGUGAGUACGAGACCGAUGUACGACUGUCAUACUUGGAAAUCUACAAUGAAACGAUCCGGGAUUUGCUCUCCGAGACACCGACGCCGCCCGGCCCAGGCUUGGCCUUGCGGGAAGAUGCAGCAAGCAAGAUCUCAGUAGUCGGCAUUACAGAGCAUGUGCCCGAGUCGCCCGAGCAGGUUCUUGCGAUGAUCACGGAAGGCAACAAACGCCGUACACAGAGCCCCACGGAAGCCAAUGCAGUGAGCAGUCGUAGUCACGCUGUCCUCCAAGUGAACGUCUCACGUCGGCCACGUACAGCAGAUACCGUCGAGGAAAUGUGCAGUGCCUCCCUCAACAUCAUCGACUUGGCCGGCUCGGAACGUGCCUCUGCCACGAACAACCAUGGCCUGCGUAUGAAGGAAGGUGCGAAUAUUAAUCGCUCGCUUCUCGCACUCGGCAGCUGUAUCAAUGCCCUAUGUCAGUCAGGAGGUGCACGCGGUGCGCGUGGACGUCAUAUUCCGUACCGGAACAGCAAGCUGACCCGUCUUUUAAAAUUCUCUCUGGGUGGUAACUGCAAGACGGUCAUGAUUGCUUGUGUGAGCCCGUCCAGUGUGCAUUACGACGAGACUCACAACACACUAAAAUAUGCCAACCAAGCCAAAAACAUUCAGACCAAAGUCUCGAGAAACUUGCUGCACAUUGAUCGUCAUGUGGCUCAGUACGUCCAGGCGAUCGCCUCGCUACGUGCUGAGGUGGCAGAACUGAAAGAGAAGCUCUCACAAUCGUCGUCAUCUUCGUCGUCCGUGUCGAUGGUCAAACGCCAAGUCGAAGUACAAGCUGCCGAGCAGCGAUUGCUCACGCAGGUAGAGGCGUCCCAGGCCGCAGCAUUGGUGCCUGCCACCUACGGUGCGUCGUGCAUAGCCCAAGCAACAUGGGAUGCGGCACAGGCAGCGUUACCCCGCGCGAGCAGUGAUCGUGAAGCAGCGCUGUUCACCAGUAUGGCAGAACGAUGCCAAGCGCUGCUGCCGGUACCGACAUUGGAAGUACCGGCCCUGGUAUCGGAGGCGCCGCCGCUAGCAAGCACAGACGAUGUAUGCGCAUCACUGUACGAAGCUACGCAUGCCAAGCAAACAGCGAUGCUGCAAGCUACUCAGGCGCAGCAAGCGAAAGCGGCGCUGUACAACGCUGUGCAUGAAACGUGGGCGCCACGUAUGCUCAUGUGCAUGGAAUGGGCCAUGCAAGCGGUCCACACGCUACAGACUGCCUCCAAGGAUGUACAGGCGGAGACGUGCGAGCCAGACAAUAUAGCAGCGGCCUUGCAAGACAUGGCCGCGCAGGGCCAGCGCAUGCUUACGCAACUCAGUGGUGGCUCUGUAUCGCCUAGCAAAGAACGGAAAGGACCCCAUACCCCUACGCGUGCACGUACACAUGCCACGGCAUCGCCACGUCGAGUCUCGCGACCCAGUUUGCAUGCGCCUCUUGCUCGGCUGACGCGCAAAAGUCCACGUCGUCGUGUACUGCGGCCUAGUGUGUCGCACCCAUCUGCGCCACCACCAUCCACAGCACGGCGCGCCAGUGAUAUGGCGUCCACAAUACCCGUCAAUGAUGCGCCGCGGCCCAGCGUGGCGCCCAGAUCCAGCAUGGCGCCUCGUGCCAGUAUAGCACCGCGCCCUAGCGUCGCUCCACGGCCCAGCGUCGUAGCACCAGUGCCGGUAACGCGAGCACCGAGCCAAUGGCCAGGUCGGUCAGAGACAAUGGCCAGGAUGAAGCCGCGGCCGAGCGAGCUGACGGGCCCGAGCCGUCCUGGACGAGGCGCAUCCCAGGACUCGGAGAGCGCUCCGUCACGUAUGCCACGCCCCUCAGUUUCGACCACCUCUGGACCACGUGCAUCCGUGGCGCAGGCAGGGAUGCGUCCUACGCAGGCACGCGGCCCUGCACGUGGAAAAAUCGAUCCCAAGCCCAUCACCGAAACGACCGCGGGGGCCACGCAAGCCCUCAAAGAAACGACGGCGCGACGGCCUACGGCCGAGGUGACGGAGCCGCCUACGUCCGCUUCGUCGUCGUCGCCCAUACCCAGCGAAGCGGUGCCUCCGCCGGCGGAAUUGACGGCGCCCAAACGGGCAGGAUGA